GGAAACACACAAUCCUCAAAACCAUGAUAACAUCUCAAACCUCUUCACCACCUCCUCCCAAAUAUUUACAAGAGGAUGGUGUAAGUGAAGAUUGUAAGAAAUUGCUCUCUAUCCUACCAAAAGAAAAAGGAUGGAUAGGAUCGUAUAUAUAUAAUUAUCAAGGCUUUUGGACAUCACCAAGAUUAAUCCAAGGUGUGAUUGCAUGUCAGCAACAAUUUCAAGCUCAAAAUAGUGAUAUCAUUCUUGUUACGACUCCAAAAUCAGGAACCACUUGGUUAAAAGCACUUUUAUUUUCUCUAGUGAAUCGAAAAAAGUAUCCUAUUUUUGAACAAAAUCACCCGUUACUUGUCAAGAACCCUCAUGAUCUUGUUCCAUUCUUGGAACUUAAACUCUAUGUUGAUGGUCAAGUCCCUGAUUUUUCAUCCUUCACUACACCUAGAAUCAUGUCAACUCAUUUGCCUUAUGAUUCAUUGCCAAAAUCAGUCCAAGAUUCAAGAACCAAACUUGUUUACUUAUGUAGGAAUCCGAGGGACACUUUUAUUUCAAUGUGGCAUUUCACAAACAAUUUAAGACUUGACUACAUAGAUACCAAUUCCAUUGAAGAAAUGUUUGAUCACUUUUGCAAAGGUGUGAGCCUUUAUGGUCCGUUUUGGAAUCAUGUGUUGGAUUAUUGGGGGAAAAGCAUAGAAAAGCCUAAGAAAGUAAUUUUCUUGAUGUAUGAAGAAAUUAAAGAGAAACCGAAAUUUCAGCUUAAACGUUUAGCUGAAUUCUUGGAAUUUCCAUUUUCUAUAGAGGAAGAAAAUUGUGGAGUGGUGGAUGAAAUAUUAAGAAUGUGUAGCUUUGAAAAUUUGAGCAAUUUGGAUGUGAAUAUAAAUGGAAAAUUGUCAACCGGAGAGGAAACUAAAAUGUUCUUUCGUAGAGGGGAAGUUGGUGAUUGGAAGCAUUAUUUUACUUUAGAGAUGAGUGAGAAACUCAAUCAUAUAAUUAAACAAAAGUUUCAUGGAUCUGGAUUAAUUUUUUUCUAUAUUUGA